CCGGUAAUAACUUUUAUAUAAUUAUUGAACAAAUGCUGCCGCGCGAUGCUUGAAUAUAGAUUAACGGUUUUUUCGUCGAUUCUAUUUUGUUUUGGCCAAUAUGUGUCCGGUUUUGGUGAAAAUGAUGCUCUCCAAAUUUUUCCACCCCUUCCUGUGUCAGUGUCUAAGAGUUCAAAUGCCGUGUGUAAAGAACAUAGUGAUUUAUAUUUGGAUAACUUAAAAAAUUUUACAUUGUGGGCGCAUGAAAUGUGGGAUUCAACAGGCAAAUCAUCGGCGGGUGUUUUACGAGGAAGUGUAUUUCAAAUGGGGCAUUUUGAACAAUGUUUAUCAGCAGAAGCACCAUUUCCUACCCAGUAUUGUCUUGCCACUCUUACAGCUACGAUUCCAAAACCAAAUAAAAAUAGAGAUCCUCUGUCACUCUAUUUUGAUCCCUUUGACUCAGUAUUGAGUAGAUUGUACAAAUAUGAAGAUAAGUCACAACAAUCCAGAAAUGUCAUUAAUGUGGGAUGGUGUGUUCCAUCAUCUUGUUCAGUAUUAGACCUGGAAGAAAAUUUAAAUGAAUACUUAUCUAACGUAGAUAGUAGAUUUAAGCAGCAAAACGUAUCAUUCAAAGCAAAAUUCUCAGAAACUUUUUGCCAAACGACUGCCGAGACUGAUUAUUUUGAUGUAGCAGAUAUUUGUUUUUGCUUCCUUGCGAUAUUACUCAUUGUAUGUGUAAUACUAGCAACUGUCUAUGAUUAUACGAAAUCCCAAGUCAAAGAUGAAAAACCGUUAAAAAAGUCUAGAUCUUCAAAAAUUUUAAUGGCUUUCUCGGCAAGAGACAAUUUUCUCGAACUUAAUAAAGCAGAUGAUUCAAACCCAGCUUUAAGUAUACUUUAUGGUAUGAGGACGGUGUGCAUUUUUGCUAUUAUAAUGGAUCAUCGAUUUGGAACAUUUAUAUCAUCAGCUGUUCUCAAUUUUAAUUACUUGGAGGAGCAAUACAGAUCUGCGAUAGCUUGUGUCCUAUUUCAUGGAGACCUGUUUGUGGAUUCAUUUUUUAUACUCAGUGGCCUUCUAGUAGUGUAUAGUCUUUUAAAUCAAAUGGAGAGGCAUAAAAUGAAUCCAGGAUUUGUAAUAAUGAUGCGAUAUAUAAGAUUGACUCCAGUAUAUGCAUUUGUCAUCUUUUACUACGCAACAAUAUUUAACCAUACAGGAGCAGGUCCAUUAUGGAAACUUGUAGCAGGAGGGGACUGGAAUGAUUGUCGAGAAAAUUGGUGGGCGAAUUUACUCUACAUUAAUAAUUACUAUAAUGUGGAUCAUACGUGCAUGACACACUCUUGGUAUCUUCCAUGCGAUUUUCACUACUUCAUUAUAGCCAUAUUUCUGGUCAUAGCUAUAAAAAAACAUGAAAGAAUGGGCCUUGGAGUACUUACUUUUCUUACAAUACUAUCAUUAGCAAUUCCAUUUGCAAUCACGAUGAUCUAUCAACGACCAGGUCUAAUGCACUUUUAUCCAGAAUUCCUAACUGGGCCGAAAGUCUACAUAGAUUUCAAGUUGACGUAUAACAAAUCACAUACAAGAGCUACACCGUAUUUUGUAGGAAUGUUUGCUGGAUAUGUUUACUAUCAACUGAAAGGAGCAAAUAAACAUGUCUCCAGGUCAAAAUCCUUCCUUGUAAUAGCAGCUUCACUAGUUCUAAUGCUGGGAACCUUAUUUAGUGCUAGAGUGUUCUACGAUCCAUACCAUCCAUACAAUGCUAUCGAAGCGGCUAGCUAUAAUUCUUUGCAUAGAUUAUCUUGGGCAGUUGGAUCAUGCGGACUUUUGUAUACUGCCAGUUUUGGUCACUUCAGUUUUCUAAAAGUGAUACUCUCCUGGUCGCCUUGGAUACCGUUGAGUAAACUGGUUUAUGGAGCAUAUUUGUGCCAUAUGAGUUUUCAGUUAAGAGGUGCAGCUAGGUUCAUGAGUCCUCAGCAAAUUACGUAUUUUGAUGUGAUAAGCCUUGCAUUGUCGGACAUAGUGUUGUCAUUUUCAACUGCAUUGGUACUUUAUCUGAUAAUAGAAGCCCCAUUCAGAAAAAUAUUUAGGGAACUUAUCAUGCCUACAAAGAGCACUCCAGCAAAAGUAACAACGCAACGUCCAUCAGUCGAAGAAAAUAUGAUUAACCAUAACAAUAAUGUUCAGCAAGAUAGUAGACUGUAGCAAAAAUAACCUAAUACUAGAUUAAGUUUUAGAAUAAGAAUAAAUGAACUGUUACGUUAAUAUUUGAUCGAGUAAUGACUUGCAGAUUUGUCAAAGAAUGAUUGGCUAAAGACUGUUACUGAGUGUUGCUUCAUGAAGUCAAACUUGUACUAGAAGUAUGUUUUAUAAUUUGUUAUUCGACUUUAAGAAGACUAUUUUUGAUCAUUGAGUUCAAGCAACAUGGGAUUUAAUAAUGUUAUAUCAAAAUAUUUUAUGGAAAUAUGUAGGAUGUUGUGGUACAGAAUAUAAGGCAGGUAUAUGCUUGUUUCCCAAUCUUUACUAAUAAUAGGUUGAUGUGAAAAAUCGUCAGGUAGUGGAUUGUAUAGGAAAAUUUAUUUAUCAUUGUCAAAAUUUAAAGUUAAUUUAGCAAAGCUGGGGUGUUUUAAAUCUAGAGAAUGAAUCAAAAAUAUAUAUCAAAUUAAGUUUUAAAGGGGGAUGUCAUGUAUUUUUGUUGAUUGGGAAUUGAGAGUAGCAGUUGAGAGUUGAAAAAAAAAAUAAAGUAAAAAGAUAAAAAAAAUUGUAUUUAAUUGGAAGCUGAGGGUAGCAGGAAGGAGAGCUGGGAGGAACUAAGAAGGCAGAGGCGGAUAAGAUGAGGAAGAAAGCAGCGCAGACAAGAGAGGGUACAGUCAGAAGCACGAGCAGUAGUAGAAGAGCAGUCGGAGUGGAAGUAACGAAGAAGAGGCCAUUUUGUUCCAUAUUUUUUUUAAAUGUGUUAUUAAGCUUCUCAUUUAUUUUGUAAGUUUUAAACCACCCCAGUUUGAGAUUUUUAUAUUGUUUCGAAUUGCGUAUACUGGGCGAUUCCAUAUCAAUAUUGCCUUCUCUAAAACCCCUUUUCAAUUUCAUAAAGGUAACUAAAGAGGGCGAGGCACCAAAACGUAACAAAUUGAAUAAAUUAAAGAAGAGACUUAAAAAAACUCAAAAAAUUAAUCAAUUUUUAUGCCAAAGGGGACACCAUUAUUAAUAUAUCCUAAACUGUCAUAAGUCAUAACCAGAGAUAACAGGAGAUAUAUUCAUUGAUAAAAUAUCGACAUCAAUACCACAGUCCAUACGGUUCAGUUGAAGAGAAGUGAAGUGAAGAGACAUGUGAUGUGAGGUAUAGGAAGGAAGAAACUGAAAGAUUUGACGGUCAUACAAAACAAUUUUAUCAAUUAAUAUACAUGGUGUUCGAUAAAUACGGUACAUAACUUAAGGAGCGUAUUCUGGAGCUAAAAUAAAGGUAUUUUUGUCAUAUACACUAUGUCUCAAAAAUGCAUCGUUACGGAAAUACAGGGUGUGAAAGUUUACCUUGUCCGCACGCCACUGGUUAAACGAAAGCCACUGUGUUUACAGUAAGACACGCAACGUUGCUAACUCUCAAAAGCUGCACAAAUUUAAUUAAAAUAUCUCAAGUGGUUUUGGAAAUAUUUAAAAAAUUGUAUUUUACCCUGUAUUUCCGUAACGAAGCAUUUUUGAGACAUAAUGUAUAUGACAAAAAUACCUUUAUUUUAUCACUAGAAUACGCUCCUAAAGUUAUGUACCGUACUUAUCGAACACCUUGUAUGUGUAAGCCAUUGUACGCCUAUAAUAAAGAAUAAAAAACCAUCUAGUUAAAUUAACUAAUGAUCCAAAUUUGUUGGGUUUAGUUGCAAUAAAAUAGGAUGAAUUAUUUUAGCUUUUUUAAGAUAUGUAAAUAAUUUUGAAAAUAAUGAAAUAGACAUGACUACAGCGGAUAUUAUAGCCUCCUAUGUCCCUUAGAAUAUGUAUGUCUUAUUCACGGCAUCACGAUAUUUGUAGUUACAUCUCCUGUUAUCUCUGGUCAUAACCCUACUUUUAUCACUCUAAACAUAGAAUAUGUGAACAAUACAGAAAGGAAAGUAAAGGUAGGCACUUUCAAGUAGAAGGGAUAAAAAUAUCUAACCUUCAGCUCCACCAUAAACUAUUCAUUGAAAUUACACUGCGAAAACUACAUUUAUUUCUAUUGUACUUUGACAAUGCUCCACACCAUCAAUAAGGUGUGGCUACAGAGACUAGGGUUUUGGCUGUAGGCCUAUGUUUCUUUUCUGUAUUGUUGUCAAAUAUGACACACCGUUAGAAAGGUCAAUUUAUGAGUAAUUCAGCAAUAUGACUGUUCAUUGCUCUUUUUUUAUUUUAACGCCAUCUAACGGCAUAAAAAAACUUACGUAUUGUAAAAUGUGACAUUAGAUUUGAAUGAUAAUUUUUUUAAUAAUAUAUUAUGUAGCACUCCCGGUAUGCACGUGAACAACUCAAUGUAAUGACUAAUUUUUGAUAUACAAGGCGUUGAAGUUGCAAAUUGACCAUUUAUAAAAAGGCUGCGUUUAGAUAUUUUUCAACAGUGGGUAAUGUUUUACUGAUAUCAAAGAAUAUUUCUAGUAUAACCUAUUGCGUAAGUUAUUAUAAGUUACAGGGUGAGUCACACAUUACUGAAAAUUAAAUUUUUACUUUAGCAUGAGAAUAUUUUUUCAAAUUAAUAUUGCAUUGAAAUAACCUCGGUUUAUUUAGUGAAAAUUAGGGAAUAUUUUAUACAUGGUGAGACAAAAAUUGGUAAAUCUUAUUUGCUAUUUUUAAUUAAAUAAUGUCUAUUUUUUAACGCGUGUUAAUAAACGACCUCAAAUUAUGUUAAAAAUGAGUUUAUAAAUCAUAUCUUUACAGUAUGAUUUAAAAGAUUAUGUAACAAGAAAAGCGAGGAAACUUGCUUAGUUUACUGUUAGUUGCAUAUUUUAGAUAAUUUUAAAAGAAUUAAGCUGUAUACCUUUCGAAUUUAAGCGAUUUCAAAUUAUGUGUGUUGAAUUUAAAUGGUUGGGGAAACCAUGUUCAAAACUCCACCUGUGGAGUGAUAAACAAACGAGUUUAACUUUUCAUAUUUGUAAUUACCAAGUUUUAUACGCCAUAUUUCAAAAACUGACAAUAGAAAGCUGAUAUAAAUAGAAUAAUGUAUUAGUAAACCCAAAAUUUAGGUAAGAAAUACGAAAUUUAACCGACCUUGGUGCUUGAGUAGUUUGAUUGACUGCGAUUAAAGUUAAAUUGGCAACAAUCUCAUUAUUUAAGUUCAUGUUUCAUUUAAUUAUGUUUUCUUGUGUGCUUUAAAUUACUAAUAAAAUUAGAUGUCAAAUGAAAUGUCACACUUUACAAUACGCAACAGUUUUUUUAUACCUAAAGGACGCUAAAAUCAAAAGUAACACAAUAUACAGUCAUAUUGCUGAAUAUCUUAUAAAUCUACCUUUCCAAUGACGUAGGGAAAUGACGUAUGGCAGUUGAAAAAUGAUAGAAAUGUGUUCUCUUUUGAAUAAAGUUCUGCGUCUUUUAAAAAAAAAUUCUCCUUCUCUUUCAGUGCCUCACUCUUUAUAUAAAUAAUUCAUUUGUUGCUUUUUUUCUUGUCAAAUCUUUUCAGAAAUGCUUGCAUUUUUGACAAUGUUGGUGUUCGUCUGUAUAGAACCAAUACCUUUAUAAAAUCAAACCAACAAAUUACUCAAUAAAUUUCAUCCCUUUCACAUGUUACUUGAACUUCCAAAUAGUUAAAUAUGUAUACCUAAAGGCCUACAAUAAAUUAACAGUGUCAGAUAAUUUCAAUGUUUCGUAGGACUGCAGAUUUGAUUAGAUCAAACCAAACAGAGAUUGAUAAAAAAUAAACAGUAUCUUGAAUAGAAGUGUAUGAACAGAAAGAGUUUAAACAAGACUGGAUGUUUAAUUAGAACGUACUGUAACGGUUCAUAAAAUGCACCUAAACAAUGCAAAAUGAAGUCCUAAACAGGCUUUUUAACAUUGUGAAAAUAAAAAUAACUUUUAGCAUUAUUCCCUGUUUAUUUGCAAAUCGCUAAAUGAUUUUCGAAAUAACUUAAUUCUAAAUAUAUCGUAAAACACAAUAAUUAUACAAAUUUUCUUUGGUGUGGAUAUACGAGCCCAGUUACAUAUAAAUUGUACCACAAAGAUGUAGCCUAAUAAAAAAAGUAUUAACAUGGGAAUGAAAAGACGAAAAAUGAUUCACAAUUUUUCAAUAAACCUGGUAAGAUCUCAAAGUUGUCAGCAUAUGAAAGCAAAAUGUAAUCAGUUUUACCAAAAAAAUCAUUAUAAAAAGUUCUGCAUCAUUUGAAAGUUAAUCAAGCAUCAAAAUGACAUACUUUGAUUGUUUUAUAUAUUGAACAACGAAAAUCCAAAUCACUUAAAAAUAAGUCCAAUGAUUUAAACUUGAGCAUAUUUUUUAAUUUCUAUCAACAUUUCAAUUCAUAUUUUGCUCUAUAUUGAAAUUUAAAAGCACUUUAUUGUUCAUAACUCACAAUUUUUUUUUAUGUGAUCUUAAAACUAUCCAAACACUCAUUUCUUUCUCGAGUUGUAAAUUGGACUUACCAACCCUGAUACAAAAAUAACUAUUUGAAAAUAAAACUUUUGACACUAAAAUGACACAUGAAAAAGUUAUUCUUUUACUGCGCUCUUUCCAAUGUUAAUCAGCAAAAGAAAAAUGUUUACGUUAAAUAUUUUUCUACCUUUUGUAGGGCGUGAGAUUAGAACUAUGCAAUAAACUGUAAACUGAUAAAUUAUUUUUAUUCAAUUUAAUAAAUAAUAUUGAAAAUAAUAAUUGUUACUAUAAAUAUCAGUAUUUUUGUAUUUUUAUAAUUUUUAAGGAAACAAUAAAUAUUAACAUUACGAGCGCUUUUAUUUUUUUUACGUUAUUUUUCUUCUUAAAGUUUAGGAAACUAUAGAAAAUUAGACAAAGUACAAAUAUGUACUUAUUAAGCUUCUAUACUUUGGUUUCAAAAUAAUAGAGAGUGGGAAAAUUUCAUAGUUGCCAUAUAUGAGGAGCUCUCUAAUAAAAGUGCAACAAAUUCAAAAAGUAAAAUUGAAGAAAAACGCAAUUACAAAUACAGUUGUGUAUAUGUUAUAGGAAAGUAAUAAAAGUACACGUUGCAUAUGCUUUAACAUGGGAUAAGUUAAACUUUAUCUUUUAUACAAAUAAUCCAUUGGUUAGUACAGCCAACAGAGAUUCUGGUGCCAUAUCUAUCUCAAUUUUGAAAUUUUUGGAUUUAUUUCACUUUGGUUGGAGAGCUCCUCAUAUCGAAAGAAGAAUUGUUACUUAACAUUAUAAUGUAUCAUACAUUGAAAUUCAUAUUUGUCGUUUACCUGUAAAACAUUAAAAUUGCCCGCCACUGCAAACAUUUCCUCCUACCCCGUAAGCUCCGAAAAUCUCUGCAAAUUUUGGAGCGAUGACAGAUGACAGCAUUCCACUACACAUACCUGAAAUUUUACCACUGUCUAAUAUUUUGAAACCGUAGUACAACGUAUAUUGUUCUUGUGAUAGCUCUGAUUUGGUAAGUUUUUAAACCAUUACUAUCUACAAUUUGGGCCACAAUAAAAAUACAGGGUGAAUCCUAAGUUAAUACUUUUUAAACUGUGUAUAUAGUGACAUUAAAAUUAACCAACUUUUUCCAAUCACUUUUUUAAAAAACUAAAAAUUAUAUUAAUUUAUUAAUUUAUUCCAAAAUCUUCAAGUUUUAGUGCUUGGACACAUUGAACGUGAAAGGAAUACAGUUGAUUUUUCAGCAAUGUUGUACUUACUUUUCUUUGACUUACUCCCCCACCUGAGCUACAAUCACCUACGUGUACUUCUUGUUCUAUCUUCCUCAAUAACAUUUAAAAUGUUAACCCACUUAAUGUUCAAUUUACCAUACAAUUUAAAUUCACUACUGAAAUCGCAUUCGACUGAAAUAUAAUAUACAUAAUUGAAUCGUGAUUCAUAUGAAAAACCGUAGAAAAAGAUAAACAGACUAAUUAUUUAGUGUAACUUUUCAUACAGAAGUCCAGGCUCGGAUUUAAAUUUUUUUGUUAUUCUUUUUCUAUUUUUAAGUUUUUUAAAAAAGGUGUUUAAUAAAGAUGUUUAUUUUAACAUCAACUCAGGAUUCACCCUAUAUAGGAUGCGAACAACACAUUGUGAUGGAGUCAAAAGCGUUGCUAAAAUCAGUACAAAAAGCAUUUAAGUCAAAUUAUUAGUUUCUGGAUUUCUGUUGAAAUUUUAGCAAAAGAAAGACCUUACUAAUUUUAUAAACUUUUACUUAGCUACUGAUUUGUGUUAUUGCCCUCAAAUGUUCUAAAAGAAAAGUUAAAAUGUUAAUAUUUAUUUAUCGCAGUGGUAUCAACAUAAUUUUGGAAGAAUGGUAGAUUUUAUUUAGAUUAAACAUCGUUUGAAAUAGUAUCGUUUUAAAUGAUAAAGCUUAUGUGUCAGCCUUGUCAAAAAAAAAAAUUAAAUUUUUAGGUUUAUUUUAUAAAUUAGUAAAAUUUAAAAUAAAUACAAACUUUAACACGUUUAUAAGGUAUAAAAACGUUUUGUUAGUUUGGUAAGAAUAUCACCAUUUUCAGAUGUUUUUAUUUAUUUAUUAUGGCAAAGUUUGUUUUGUUUACAUAAAAUUUAAUAAAACAGAAAAAAUAACUCAUUUAUUUUUCCCUGUAAUUUACCAAUCAAAGUUGUAUGCCUUGAUUUCUUAAUGUAGUCGAUCACUGCUGACAAAUCUUGGACACUCUAUUUUUAUUAAAUGUUAUUUUAAAAAUAAACUCUGAAAAUAAUCAUUGAUAUGGAACUAACAAUAUUAAACUAGUUGUGUAUUUUGAAUUCCAAAACAUUUCAAAAUAAUACAUAUUUUUUGAAUAACUG